UCAGAACCAUUUCGACUUCAUUCGGGACACCGCUGAGACUAGCAGGGCUGCACUGGAUACUACACUGAACACACAGGACUAAAACAGCACUCAAACCUCACAGAAAACAAAUCCGCGGAGAGAUUGAGGAUCUUAUAUAAAAAAAAAAAAAACACCAGCUCGAGCCUUGAAGGAUAAAACAAUAUUAUUGAGCACUGUAUAUAUAGCCUAGAUAUUGAGAUAUUGUAAACACGCCGAACUCAGCAGGCAGGUGAGGGGUGGCAAUGUGUGGCAUUUCUGACGAUCUGGAUGUUCCUUCUCAUCAGAUCUGAACAACUCUGCAGGCUGGUGUGCUGGUACCUUUCCCCCUGCUUUUCAAGAACGAGAAGCACGGUACAUGAGAAACGUUCAACAUGUGAAGAAGCAUAUCUAUCCAACCUUCCUACACAAGUUACUUUCCCUGAGGGAUAUGGUACUGAAGUUUCAUACAUUAGGAGCCCCAUUUCAGCUCCCAGUGAAGAAUUUUCUAUUAUUUUUGGGCAAAUCUAAAUUAAAACGAAAUGAGGACCACAGCUUGCUAUUUGCUAAUCUCUUCGUUCUACCUGUGGUACGCCUUUGCUGAGGAAGCAGAGAUUCCCCAAGAACUUAUUGAAAAAUUGUCUCACAGUGAAAUCCGCAGCAUAAGCGAUCUGCAGCGCCUCCUCGAGAUUGAAUCCGUAGGAAAUGAGGUAGCAGCAGAAUCAAAGACGAGAUACCACAAGGAUCAUUCUGCAAGCCAUGUGGACAAGCACACCCAGAUAUUAAUAAGAAGAAAACGAAGCAUUGAGGAAGCAGUGCCCGCGGUGUGCAAGACGCGGACAGUCAUCUACGAGAUCCCUCGCAGCCAGAUCGACCCGACUUCCGCCAACUUUCUGAUAUGGCCGCCUUGCGUGGAGGUGAAGCGCUGCACUGGCUGCUGCAACACCAACAAUAUGAAAUGCCAGCCAUCGCGGAUACAUCACAGAACAGUGAAGGUUGCAAAAGUGGAGUAUGUGAGGAGAAAACCUAAAUUAAAAGAAGUGCUGGUGAGAUUAGAAGAGCACUCCGAAUGCAUGUGCACGUCGCAGCAUUACCACACAGAGCACAAAGAAGCAGAAACAGGAAGGACUAGGGCCACAGGUAUAAAAUGGAAACGCAAAAAGUUAAAACGCAACAAGGAUUUAUUGCCAACAUAAAAACAUACCCGGGACCUGUUUGCAGCGAAGCAGAUGUGAGGUGAAAAUAAGCUACGGAAGGACUGGUGUCUGGGGUCCGAUGCACUUCGACACGUUGAAUCCCUGAACUGAUCUGCCAAAGAUGCUUUCUGACAAUUCUUCUGAAAUGUGAAAACAUAAAAACCUGUUUGCAGGAACAAAUUACCGCGGAAUGACAAAAGGAACAAUGUUCGUUUGUUUUAUUGUGACAUAUAAAAGGAGUCAAGCACUGUGAGACAAACAAACGGAGGGUUCGUAAGAGCACAGCGAGUGAAUCAAGCAGCAGCAGCGGAGCAGCCAGAUGUGCUUUUUGUCCCCAAUUCUGGCUGCUUUCUAAAGGCUCUAGUUGACUUUGUGACAUGUGGAUUAAAAGCCAUUUGGAAUCUGUUGACAUGCUCUGGAAAAUUCUAGCACAGUGGAUUGAAUCUUCGUUGGAAGCCUUGUACAGUAGUCAGUUGUGUCUUGAGGGUUUGCUUAAGAAAGAUUUCCUAUAACCUUUGUUUAACCUUCAUUUUUUGGUGGAAAAAAUAUACUUUUCUUACAGAAGACUGCACAUCCUACUUCACGCAGUUAAUGCCUCUGCUAAUAACAUUUAAUGAACUGUUUAAGACAACGCAUUUCCUUAUAGUAUUUGUUUCGCAUGUUGGUUUUAAUAAUUUAAAGCAUUCAUGUAAAUAUAAGACAGAACAAAUCACAGGAUAGCCACAAUUCCUUUUUUUCACAGUCUAUAUAUCAGUAUAGUUGAACUCUUAUUUCACAGAUGUGGCUAUGUGAAAUGUAGAAAGUCUGGACUAGCUGCAUUGUUCAAUGUAAAUUGUAGCCACACAAUUACUGUAUUUGAAAAAAAAUCUAAAUUCUUUAUUUUUGGUAAAAUAUUAUGCUUACAUAUAUUCAACAAGAAAUAUGUUUUGUUUUGUAUUGGUGGAAUGUUUGUAUUUUUAUCUCAAGAUAAUUCAACAACAUUUUUUUUUUAUAUAUAUAUAUAGCAUCACAGUAAAAGAUUUGUUUGCUUUUCCUGAACCACAACAGAAAUCUCAUUUCAGUUCUACAGUAUUUAACAUGUACAGUCUGAUGGAGAUGCAAAUACGAGCUGUAAUACCAAGAAAACACAUCCAUGCAGACAUUUCUGUACAACAGUGCUCCACUUCAGCAGAGUGUACAGGUCAUUCAAUUCAUUACAAGCUUUGCAUUUUAAUUGAUGCAUACGUUUGGAUUCAAUUAGUCUAAACCAGAAAUCUGUGGUAUUUAAACUUUAAACAAAAAGAGAGACAGUUCUGUUGCUGAUAUAAUUCACAUUAAAUUGCUGUUUCUCUUCAAGCAGUUACAGGUUAGAAUUGGUGCUAAACCAAUUUUCAUGACAGACUUCUUUUUGACCUGCAUUCUGCUUGUCUCCUUUGAUAACAGACUCAUUUGUUGGCUACAGAUUAUAAUGCAGUCUGUGACUGGUAUGAUGGUAAAUGACAUGGGUAUGCAAAGCCCAUGUGUCUGUCUUUUUCAGACACCUUGGAAGAAAAAAAUAAUUUAUAUAUUUAUGUUUUCAAUAAAUAUAUUUCUGCUCCAUUAAACUUUAUAUAAAAUAAUUUAUUUUGGGUCUUUUCAACCACAGUUUUUUCACAGAAGCAAUACAUUUGACUACACCGAAUUUAGUGCAAGGAUCACAUAAGAACAUUUACAAACAAGAGGAGGCCAUUCCUUAGUAGAUGAUUGAUCUCAAAACUUUGUUAGGUCGGGUCUCAAAGGAUCCCAGUGAUUCAGCAUCAACAACAUGACUAGGUAACCCAUUCCAUCCCCUCACCACUCUCUGUGUGAAGAAGUGUCUCCUUCAGCAACAUGACUAGGUAACCCAUUCCAUCCCCUCACCACUCUCUGUGUGAAGAAGAGUCUCCUUCAUCAACAUGACAAGGUAACCCAUUCCAUCCCCUCACCACUCUCUGUGUGAAGAAGAGUCCCCUUAAUCAACAUGACUAGGUAACCCAUUCCACCCUCUCACCACUCUCUCUGUGAAGAAGAGUCCCCUUCCGACUCUCCUAAAUCUCUCAGAUUCAUUUCCAACUGUUUACUGGUCCAGGUCUCUGUGCUGCCCUUAAAGUAUUGGUUAGGGUUAACUUUGUCAGCUUUAGGAUUUUGAAGACUUCAGUCAAAUUCCCCCUCAUUCUUUGUUCCAGACAAACCAGAUUCGGUUCUUUCAGCCUAUCUUCAUAGCUCAGUCCUUUAAUUGCUGUGAUUAGUCUGGUUGCUCUUCAUUGGACUCUCUCCAGGGUCACAAUUAUUAAAUGAAUGAUGUUCUUUAAAAAGUGUGUAUGUUAUAUCCAAAGUUUAACUUUACUAUAGAAUUCCAGUGCAACCUCACCCCAAGACCAAAAGCCAAGGGGCUGCAGCUGUCAUAGGCACUUCCACAUCCAUAUUACUUUCUUUAAACCUACUUACUUGUCCUUUAGUCCUUCAUAAUCCCAUAUUAUAAUAACGAGAAAGUCUGUGACCAGGGAGGUGAUGUAUAUAUCUACAUGUGUGAUAAAAAAAACUUACCAGAAAGGGAUCCUGUGCAUAGAACAUACAACAUAGCUCUAAAAUUAAAUUAAAAAAAAAACCUUUUCAUGUUUAA